AUGAGGAUCCACUUGGCCGCCGGCGGGUACUCACAUGUCAAGAAGGAGCACGUGGCUGACAAAUUGAAGCCGCCCCCUGUGCGCGCGGCGCCGCGGGCCACGCCGCCGGUGGAGAUUCCCAAGUCCGAGAAACCCGCGGAGAGCGGGGAGCGCCCGAGGUCCGAGGGCAGCGGCCCCAACGACGAGGGCGGGGCGAAGGAGGUGACGGACGACGGGAUGCAGAGCCCCCGCGGUGCAGGGUCUGCAACGGGAUGCGAGGCGCCCGCGGGAGAGACCGAGCCGGGGCGCCUCCUGCAGCCAAGCGGCGAUGAGCGGGGUGCCAGCGAGGGGUCCGAGUCCAGCAACGAUGUCCCCACCGCGCCCGUCGGCCGUCUGCGGGAGCAGAAGCCAGCCAAAACGCCCGCACAGUGUCUUGCGCUCACCACGGCGCCGAACUGGCAACCGACGGCGCCCCAGACCGCCAAUGAGCUGUGCUUCGAGUCGACCACCUUGGACUGCCCGGUGGAAGACCAUACCUGGGAGUGGUUCGAAGCGCUCGCCAUCGCUGGCAUCUACGUCGAUACGUACGUGAACGAUCCAGCGAAGCCGGGGGUGCGACUAGACGGCGGAGGCUUCCAGAGGGAAACGAUCAUUCUGGACACGCUGCGCCGCUCCCACUACCCAUACGAGGUUGGCAAUACAGCCCAUGGCCGCAAGACAGGGAAGCAGGCUGACCCGUCCAAGGUGGCGCAGGGCCGCCUUCGCACUGAGCUGGCGGAGCGCGCCGGGUGGGAGCAGGACCGCAAGGACAGCAUCUUAGUCUUUGGGGCGGCGGAGGUCUUCAAUGGCCUAGGACUCUCGGGGGUGUGGGACGUAUUGGAUGAAGCCGUUGGGGUAAAGAACGCCCCCAAGAGCACGUCAACCCAGUGGAUCUUGCUAUUGCACACCGGCACGAUCAUCUCCAUCAGGCCGGAUGGCAGCGCGGCGCUCCAGCUUGGGACGGGCGCGGUCACCGCGGCCGCCCAGGCACAGCGACUGCUGGAGCAACACUUCGGCGCGGAGUCCACCAACGCCUCGAGGUUCUUUGCAGAAACCGCUUCCAAUCCGGUGCGAGUGCGGCCUGGGGCGCGGUCGCAGAAGGCGCUCGCGCGCUCUCGGCAGGUGGGGUUUCCAUCGGGGGGGGCAGCAGCGGCGCUGACCUCCGCGCGCCCCCCUGGCAUGACAGCCGAGUGCCUUGGGGCCGCGGAGGUUGCCCUGAGGCAAAUAGAGAAGGAAACGGCGGGAGGAAGUGCAGGGGCGCUCGAGGCAGCCAUGGCAGGCCUGUGCCUCAGCGAGGAGCUCGUGCGGCAAGUCUGGGUGUAUUUUGGGCCCCUGCUCAGGAGGGCUUCAGAAUGGGGCCGGCGCGAGGCGGCGGUGCACUUGCCUGCCGCGUUGGCGGCGGGCCGCAGGCUCCAACGAGCGGCGCAGGCGCUGCAGGGGCAGCCGGGGGCGAAGCCGCAGCGGCAGCCGGGGAAGGGGCGCCUCGCACGGCCGCUGGCAGUUGCAAGCGUCGGAGGGAUGAUCAACUUCGGCCUCGGCGGCGGGGCCGACGUUCAGGGGGGGGUCCUCCUCCGAGAACGCUGGGCCGACAUCGGUGGCCCAAUGAGCGGCUGCGGGGCCAACUGGUUCUUCGGGAUCUCCUGCAGGUGCCCAAUGGCGGAGGAUCCUGCCACGGAGCUGCCGGGGUUCCCGCUCAAAAUGCACGGGCCGCGGGUGCCCGAGCAUGGCGCAGUGACCUUGUUCGCCCGCGACGACGGGGCAGACGCGGUUCUGCACGCGCCAUCGUUGCCCACCUCGUGGGCGACAUGUUGGGCUCAGGUUGGGCCGACAAAUUAUUGGGGAGGGUUCAGCGUGCAUCCCCGGAAACGCGGCGCCAAUGAGGAGAUGCGGAAGGCGCUCCCGCGCACCAUCUUUGCCGGAUACGACAAGGCCGCUGCCGUCGCGAAGAACAGGGGCGGGGCCGAGCGCCUGGCUGGGGACUUGAACCCUUCCACGGACACGGACCCAUCAGUCCGCAGCCUGCUAACCGCCGGGGACAUGGUCGAGAGCAUUCCGCUGGGCGUCGCCACCCGCGCGGCAGGGCGCCGGCUGGUCUUGGACAGCACGGACCUGGACCGCCACCCAGUUGCCUGGCCUGAUCCGUCCGCCGGGCAAGGUUGCCAGGCGCCCCCCGUGGAGCUCCAAUUUGAAGGGGGCGUGCUUGCUUGGCACGAGGCCCUCUGCGGAUGCAGCGGUGAUCUCUUCCGCGUUCUGCACUCGGAGGUCGAGCCCUGGCUGCAAUGCGACUUGCGGCGAAGUGCAUCAAAGGACAGCGGCGAGAGAGCGCUGGCAGCGGCGGCCUGGGCGCGGCGCCUCGGGCCGGCCACGACUGGGUCGGGGGCGGGCUUGGUCCGCAUGGCGCGCAGGCAGGGGGGCGGGGGGCGGAGCGACGGGGCGUCUCGCGCAGAGGCGAGCGCGCUGCGCGACAUCGCCGCGGCGGUGCGGCGCCGCGAAGCCAGCCCCGAAUGUCCGGAGGCUGUGGCUGCCGUCUGCGCGGCCCGCGGGGCGCUUCGAGCAGCGCGCGCGGAUGCUCGGCGGCAGGCCCAAGGCCGAGCUCAGGCGACCACCCCCCGGGCUGCGGGAAAAGCGCCCAGACGGCUCGCCUCGAGUACGCCUGCCGGUCUACCGACCAUCAUGAAUGACCCAGAGUGCCCUGCCCAGCUCGUCGAGCCCACAGCAGUCCUAGAAGGCGCCGCAAGGUGCAUCCUCCGGAGAGACUGGCCGCCGUGGGCAGGAGAGUGGGACCCAGAGUACCGCGGCGAGCUCACGAGGGAGGUGGACAGCAUCCGCACCGAGGCCGUUGACGACCUGCAGCGCUGGGCGGUGAUGGAUGCACACACCCUGGAGGAGAUACAAGCGGGGCUCCAGCAAAUCCGCGUGGGGUCGCACUGCCGGGGUUGGCCGUGCGCGUCGGUCCUAUGCGGCCACCCUGCCAUGGCCCAGGCCCUGCUCAGUAUGAUGUCCUUGGCGCUCCGCCUAG